AUGGUACACCUCAGAACCUGCUUCAUUUCAUGGCCCCCUUCAUACGGACAACGUACCAACUAUACACUGGCCGCGUCCAAGAAGAAGAGGGGUCACGAGCAUUCUAGAUCGAGAAAAUACAGUUCUGACGAUGAGCUGGACACAGAUAUUACGCCUACUGCAGUAAGCGAGGCUGACCUGGACGUGGUAUUUUCCGUCCUUCGCAAAAAGCUGCAUGAAAACGAGGAGUUUCUCCGUAGCAAAAUAAGUCGCUUGACGCUGCAUCGAGCCACACCGUCCCUUGUGGAAUCGUUGACAGUAGAGCUUCCCAAUGAGAAAAAAGAGAAGCAACUGCAGUAUGCAGCCCGCAUUAUGACCGCAGGUAACUACGAGCUGCACGUGCUGCCUUUAUCACCGGAGCAUCUCGAUGCGAUUUUUGUGGCACUAAGCACGAAGCUAGUGGACUACAAAGUAAUCAUGAUGCAGGACCGGGUAUCAGUCGUUAUUCCUUCAAUGACUGAGGUGAUGAUUCGUCAAGCUCGAACGGUAGUUAAAGAGACAUUACAUGAGGUCAGGUCACGUAUCCGUGUUGCACGCCAGGACGCCCUGAAGAAAUUGAAAUCAUUGCACAAGGGGCUAAGCGAUGACAUGUUUUACCGACAACAAAAAGAGGUUGAUACUACGGUGAAACAGAGUGAAAACAGAGUCGAAAAGGUGGCGAAUGACGCCCUUCGCAGCCUGGGCUGA